AUGUUUCGGAAGAUCUUCGCCAGAAACGGAUUUCCGGAGACAUUACUGACAGACAACGGUACGCAGUUUACCAGUGAACAAUUCGAAGUUUUCUGCAACAACCGUGGCAUCCUGCAUCUGAAGACGCCACCAUUCCAUCCACAGUCGAACGAACUCGCCGAGAGAUUCGUCGACACAUUCAAGCAAGGACUUCGGAAAAUCACGGCGGGGGGAGAGGCCCUCGACGAAGCAAUCGAUACUUUUCUACUGUGUUACCGUUCCACUCCAUGUCGUAGCGCACCUGAAGGGAAGUCGCCUGCGGAACUACUGCUGGACAGGAAACUACGAACGGGAAUGGAUCUACCGAAAUCGCCAACUUCGUACCACAAGCAAGCUGAAUCCAAGCAGGAAGAUCAAUUCAACCGGAAACAUGGCUCGAAAGCACGAAACUACGAUGCCAAAGAUCUGGUUUGGAAUAAGGUUCACCGAAACAAUACCUGGUCAUGGGAACCCGAUCAAAUUCUAGAACGGAUUGGACGAGUUAUCUACAAUGUGUGGCUACCUGGUAAGCGGGAUCUUGUGAGGUCUCAUGCGAAUCAACUGAAAAAGCGGUAUGAGUCAGAACAGCCGGCAACACGAGUACAACAGCAGUCUACGCAAAUUCCGCUAACCGUACGUCUGGAAUCCUGUGGUCUACGUGAAUCUACAACAACCGAACCAGCAGAACCAGAGUCAGCCGAACCAUCGCAGUUAAGGCCGCCAUACACUCAACGGUUCCUCACCAAGCACCUGUGCAAACUCAAAGAGCUACUACUCAGCAGCAACAGAGCCAGCUUCGCCAGUCUUCGAGAGCAAGAAGACUACCCGUGA